AUAGAGAGAGAGGAACCUGUACUGCUCUAUAACACAAGGAGAUAGGAAUUCGCCAGAGAUAAUAAUAAUAAUAUUUCCACACGGUUUUUUUUGCCGAGUUGAACUCCGGGUCGCUGUUGUCAGACGCCGCACCGGCACACACCGCGGCUCUCCUCUCUAUCUCUGCCGGAGCUGGACUCUUUAAUAUAUGUUAACGUUCCGAGAGCUGCACCGGUCCCUUUUUGAGAGUGUUUGUCAGCGGUGUUUCUAACUGGUGAAGGAUAUGCAGUGUGAUUGAAGAGAAUGGAGAGAAGACAAUAAAAUGAAGAACACAAGUGUGGCGGAAAAGUACUCAAAACCUCUUUCCACUGACACAAUGAUGACCUGGAAUUAAGAAAGACAUUUGUUUGUUCGGACAAAGAGACCAUAAGCACGUGUCAAAAAUAAAUGAUUAAGCUACACGCAUUGCUUUCUAUGGUGCCUGUGGCAUGUAGAUAGUUUGAACUACUGAUUCAUUGACAGUGCCAGAUGAAGAUGGAUAGAUGGUGUUGCAUCCAGUAACUGGAGAGUGCUAAAUGAGCUGCUGUGUAAGCAGCUUGAUCCCUGGAUGAUUGAAGGCAGAUAACAAUUUAACUUAAGCACGCUAGACUUCCCUAGAUGUGCAAAAGCAGAUCGCAGUAGUUUCAGUUUUUUUUGGACUUUGUGAAAGACCAGGUAGUACAGAUUAGUUGGGAUUGUACAAUGAAUCCUAGAGACAGUGUGGAGGUGAUGGAGACCCGGGCAGCAGGGAAGGAGAAGCUGGUUGGAGACAAGGUCAGCCAUAGAAAUGACAUUGAUGGGGAGGAAGACAAAACCCCAGGGGCUUUUGACUGCAACGUCUGCGGACGCAGCUUCCCGUUCCUCAGCUCUUUGUCACAGCACAUGAGACGACACACUGGUGCUCGCCCUUACAAAUGCCCCUACUGUGACCACAGAGCCUCUCAGAAGGGCAACCUCAAAGUUCACAUCCGCAGCCACAAACUGGGCACCCUCUCCAGCCACCACUCCAAUGAGGAUGAAGAGGGUGGAGCCGAGGAGGAGGAGAUGAGUGUUUCAGAGGGCCUUGAUGGAGGUACGAGUCCAACUAAGAGCAGCUCAGCCUGUAACCGGAUGAUUAAUGGGGAUAGUGGAGAGGAGAGUCGCAGGAAAGUGCCUGGUAGGAGCCUGAAAAGAGAAAAGCCCGUUACUGACCAGAGGCCUUUCUGUUGCCGUCUCUGUGGCUAUGAGGCCUUUCGAGAAGAUCAGCUCCUCAGCCAUAUUGAAAAGGUCCACAUAACAGCAGAUGCAGAUGAUGAUACCACUGUGAAGGAAGAGGUUGUGCCCGAACCUGAUAUCGUCCAACCUCAGGGUGAUGGGACCUUCCCCUGUGAGACCUGUGGCCAGGUGUUUACCCAGGCCUGGUUUCUGAAGUCACACAUGAAGAAACAUGCAGGGAUCCUGGACCACUGCUGUCGCAUCUGUGGACGGCGGUUCCGUGAAGCCUGGUUCCUAAAGUCGCACAUGAAAACACACAACACCAAAUCCAGGGCACGGUCAAAAGGGGAAUCUGCUGAGCCUCCAGCCACCAUCAAUGACGUAGCUCAGAAUCCCGAAGUUGUCACUAGCCACAUUUCAUGCAUCUAUCAAGUGUGUUCCAAAUGUGGGAACCUGUUCCACAACAAAGAGAGCCUGAGGGCACAUGAGAAAAUCCACAGUGUCAGCUAUGGCAGGAAAUCCCCGAGCCAAUGCCAACUCAGUGAUGAUGAGGACUCACCAGCUGCUAAGAGACGUUUCCUUGACUGCUUAAACCUCCAGCCUGUUGAGAAAAAAACUCUGGAUGAAGAGGAGAAUGAAAAGCUAGGUCAAAGAAUCCCAGAGCUAGAUCCAUUUUGCAGCUACCAGGCCUGGCAAUUAGCUACAAAAGGAAGGGUUGUUGAGCCAGUGGAGGCAAGUUCCAAGGGCUCCUAUGGGGUAGGAAGUAUGGGGGAGGAAGCCCUUGCCGGGGCCGCUGUGGUUUUUGAGAAGGAGAGCAGCCGUUAUGUCCUUCAAAGUCAAGGGAAACGUAACUCAGGGCGACGCAGCAGCUCUGGUUUUGGAAGCCAUGCUUCUUCAGGGGACCGGACACCAGAGAGCCUCAGCGAUUCCGAGUACCGGCCUUCGUCUCGCCAGGAGCGGCGGCGACCAUCUGCCUCCAAGUCCAACGAAUGCUUUGAGUGCGGGAAGGUGUUCCGCAGUCGUCACCAGAUGAUCGUCCACCAGCGGGUACACAGGAAGGACGGAGGCAGGGCAUCUGUGGGCUACAAGGAAAGAGCUUCAAGAGACGAGCGAUGGGGCUCCACCAGUGAUCCCGAGUCAGGCUCCCCCAGCCGGCCCAGCACCCCGGGGUAUGGGGACUCUCCACCAGCCUCCACCCUCGUGAACCAGGCCUCAGAGAUGGGUACGGCAAACUCUGGAGAGACUACAGAUGAGAAGCCUUACGUCUGCAGCCUUUGUGACUUUGUCACCAGAGAGCUGCAGGUCUACUUGACUCAUGUUCGUGUCCAACACCCCGCUGCCCCCGGAGAGAGACCCAGCCCUAUUCCCAGCCCCUGCUCAGGCAGAGGCACCCCAAGUGGUUACCCCAAGCUGAAGAAAGCUCUCCUCCAGGGGAUGAACAACUCAGCAUCUCCUCCUGCUUACCUCUCAGCUCGAUCCUCCCCGCUCGAUCCCAGCAUGACCCCUGUUGAUCUGUGCAUGAGGGCCAAUAGCUGCAGGGGCAUAGCCUCCCUAACCCAGGACAGGAAAGGCCUCCCAAACCACAAGUGCUCCUUCUGCUCCCACUCCACCCGCUACCCCGAGGUGCUCUGGAUGCACCAGACUGUGGCUCACCGCAUCAACAGCAGUAGCUCCAAUCUUGCUCCGAAAUGGGCCCUGAAAAAUUGUUCCAAGGGCUCCAGGGACAACUUAUUAUCCCCCAGGAGACGCACUGGUCCCCCGCCAAUGCUGGAGGGGAAGGAAUGCCCAUCGCUGCCUCCACUGAUGCGUGCCCAACGCACCCAGCCUCCAACCAACUCUAUCGAGGUUCCAAAGAAGAGCAAGCCAGCCAGUCAAGCAGCCAUGCCAUUAUCCUCCUCCUCCUCAACCCCCUCUUCCUCGACCUCCAGAGUCUCCUCAUCCACCUCGGGGACCCAAGCAGUGAGAGUCCCCGUCCGGCCUGGCAGCAGCAGCAAAACCAGCAGCAGUGUCAGACACAUGGAGGACCAGAGUCAUCAGUCUCGCUUCAGACCCAAAGUGGAUAUAUACCCUCGGGGCGGCUCGUCGUCUUCCUCCAGCUCUUUGGAGAAAAGCACCGGUGCCGCCUCACGCUCCCCAGCCCCGAGCCCCAGCGCAGCUGCUGCAUCCCGGAUCUCUGAGCGCUAUGUGAUGCCUCAAGAGGGCCUCGGUUUCAUGCUGUCCAGCAAACAUGGCCUCGCAGAGUACAGCCGGGCUAGAGGUUCCCCUCAUCAGCCGCUUCCCAACGCCCACGGCCAGAGCCGGGUUAAAGCUACGAGGCCCAGCACCAUCACCCAUAGCACCGCUGCAGGACACAACUACGGAGCCUACCAGGCACAUGGGGGCACUUUGCUGAACUCUUCCUCCUCCUCCUCCUCCUCCUCCUCCUCUUCUUUGCCUUCAGAGGCUCGUGGAGAUGUCAAGCAGGAGCCAAUGGCAGAGACGCCAGAGACGCCAACAGACAUUCUCGGCUUCCUCAAUAACUACAGCCCCCAUGAACUGGCUUCUCUCUACCACCGCUGGGGGGCGGCUAAUGCACUGAUGGAUCCCACUGGGAUGAUGAGGUCUCUGAUGCGGCAGGGACAGUAUUUCUGCCACGAGUGCGGGAAGAGUUUCAGUCAGCCCAGCCACCUGCGUACACAUAUGAGAUCCCAUACAGUUGGGUAUGAUUUUAACGGACUCCACAGAGGUACUGACGCUCACACCACCGCUUCUGAAGCUCCCAAACAAGGGAGAGGCCAUUCUGCUGCCAGCUCUGCCCAUACCGAGCAUCUCAGAAAGGGAACCUAAAGACACACGUCCAGAGUGUCCACCAUUUGCCUUUUGACAACAGCCAGUACCCCGACACAAGGAGUCUAAUACUGAGCCAGGAGGAGCAAGGAGCGCUGGCUGCCAAACACACACCGACGCCACCACCACAACAAGAGUAACCCAUCUGGACUGAGGCUAGUCUAUAACACCAUUCCUAAAAAUGAGAGGACUGGAAGCUGGACCCAAGACUCAUGAUGGACUUUUCAAACCUCUCCUUGCCACCCAUCACCCUUUAAUGAACUUAGACACAUUUUCUACAAUGAAGGCUAGUAGUUUUCUUUUUUUAAAUUUGAAAUAAGAAGGUGGUUAAAGCUGUGCUAGGCAAUUUUGAGGAGUGUCUUAUCUACUUACAACAAAUAAUUCAGCAAUAUCUUCACCAGAAAUCGAUAUUUUGCUUCUUUAAAUUGACAACAAUUAGCAGGUUGUGUUUAGUUGACAUCACCUUAAAUGAAUUCUGAAUAUAGAACUCCCUGAAAACACAAAGAGUAACCUCUCGCUGCCAUCUCAGAGGUACAAACCGAUGUCACCCUGUGCAGCUUUACAAGCAAAGCAAAGUUGUAAUAAAACAAAGCGGAGAAACUGAACUUGAAUGCAACUGCUAGCUUUCUGAAUCAAGGACUAUGGCAUUGCAUGGCUGCUGUAGUUAUCUUUCCCUUUCUUUUUCUGCUUCAGCUUUAUUGUAGAAGAGGUUGUGCAUUCCUCAGGACACCAAUCAUCAGAGCUGAGAGAGAAGACGCUUCACAAUUGAUCUACAGUCAAUUGACGCAUUGCAUGUUCUUUCUUCCUCUGGGUUUAUGAAGAUCUAGACUUGCAUCUGUCUGUGUGAAUGUGUGUGUGUGUGUGUGUGUGUUAAACUCACUUCCCUCCACUCCAAAGUGUAAUGUUAGCAGUGCAGUGACCACUCUAAGGCUGUGUAGCUGAUGAUUAGAAGGAGAGAGAGAGGUAGGAUUAAAGGCAGAAAGAGAACGCUAAUGGGGGUGUCUGCUUUAGUGCUCAUUAAAAAGAGUGUGCGUUUUUUAAUAGCCAAUAUAAAUGAGCGUACCAUUUUUUUUAUGGCCGUUCAAUUAUGGUCCAUUUAAGAGGAAGGGACUGAGUGGAGGCAGUUUCCCUCCAUAACUCCAUCAAAUUAAGGAGUGUUUCCGACACUUCUGACUUUGAGUUAGACCGACUACAAAACAGUAGGGAUGACAGGAAGACGCUCGCUCGCUGUGGAUCGCACAGAAUAAACUCUUGUGCUAUUACAAAAGAGAAUAUGGUAGUGCUAAGUGUUAGCUAGUGAAGAUGCAUCUUCAUGUCAUGCUUCUAAAGGGUAACACAGACCUUUUUGGCUUAAAGCUUUGGUAUCAAAAGCAAGCCAGUCUCUCUGGUUAAAAGCCUGUGGCACAGAGUUUUUAGCACCUAAGGGGCAACAAGCUAUUUAAAUAAAUACUUCCCCCUCAUUAAGACCAUUUGCAGAUCAGUUCAUCAGCCUGUGUUAUCUUCAAUACUUUAACAAAAUGUUUUCUUUUCAUGCCUCAUGAAGUUAUUUAUUUACAAAUGCCAGUUUUGCCCAUAUUGGGAAUAAUGUAUUCCUCUGAUUAGGUAGAUUAUCUUCUACACAAAGUAAAGGUUUAUUUCUGUGUAUUUUUUACUAUUGUAACAUAGUGAAAGGUUCUACCUUUACAGGGGUCUCAACAUGAGUCAAAUGAAACUAUUUCAGAAGCAAAAUUCAUCUUCUCAUAUCAAUCUCGGCAAAAAAAGGAAAGAAGCGUGUUUCCUAAAAUAUCUCAAACUAUUCCUUUUUAAACUUGAAACAACCAGAGAGCAGAGCUUCUUUUGCUACCAAACAUUUAAGCAGACUAAACGAGCCGAACUCUCACACUGUCGGCCUCUUGCAGGGUGAUGUGAAGAUUUGCAUUCUAGCAGGAAAAGAGUGAUGAGGUUAGAUAAAGAGGGAGAGAGCAGCCAGAAGUCAGGAGGUCAGGAGGUCAGGCUUCCAGAGAGUUCAGGUACAGGAGAUGGAGACAUGUUGAAGUCUAUUGAAUUGUAGAGCCGUCACAGCCUUAACACUGGUGGGUGUGCAUUGGUGUGUGUGUGUGUGUGCAUUCUCAGUCCUCUCUGUACUGUAUAAGAGGUUGACUUACCACUUCUGUGUACUCCAGCCUUCCUCUAGAUGCUUUCUAUACUAGCCUACCUCCUCUGCAAUAGAAGUGUUUUUAGUUUAUUGGCUGGUGGAGUAGGAGGACAUGCUCUCUUUAUGUCCUGGGCUUGUUUUGUAUCUCUGUAAAAGCCAUGCAUCGACCAUAUAAUGUAUAAAAUAAGUGUAUUUAGCCACCACGAAGUCCCCCCUUCCAAGUUUAAAACCUUGUGUUUGAAAUGUAGGCCAUGGCAAUAAGUUCUUUUGGAUCCAGAAGUGAUGAUACAUUUUGGAUGAUCCAUUGCUAUAUAUCCUGAUUGACAGGUUGUUGUAUCACAAGGUAGCCAAGCCCUAAAGAGUACUCUGUUUUAUCUUUUAUUUGACUUGAAAUGGGAACAUACCCUACCCUAAAAUAAUUAGGGUAGGGUCGUUUUCUCAUAGACUUCCAUACAAUUUGACUUAUUUUUGGAGCCAGUGGAUUCGCCCCCUGAUGGUCUUUACACAUAAUGCAGGUUUAGGCACUUCUGCAUAUGCCUGACUUUCCAGACCCUGAGGCUACGUCCACUUCUUUUAUACAGUCUAUGGUCUUGCCACGAUGGGGAAAAGAGAUGAAAGCAAGGCAGUUGAAAGCGAAAUUACACAGCAAGAGUUGAAAUGUGGAGACAUUUUGUACGCAUAACGUCAAAAAUCAAAGCAGUUAAAAGAUAUCGGAACGUAAACAGUACUAUACUUCCCAUCUAUUUGAAGACCUCAGCAGUUUUUCCCUAAUGAUGAAAUGGUUGCUAUUCCAGUGGGUUGUUGAGUUAUGCUUACAGCGUUGUGUGCUUGAAUAUGCCUAAUCAUACACAAAUGUGUGUAUUGAGGGUGUGGGUAGUGAAAAUACUUGAAACGGACACUCUAGCCUUCGAGGUAGUGUAGUACUAAUACCAAUGUUGUACAGAAUUCCCUUUAAGAUUAACUCCUCAGUGAUGAAUUUGUACUCCGAAGUGUGACUUAGAAAAACUUUGAAGCAGGAGUGAGUGUAUGUAAUAUAAAACUGUCUAUCUGUAAUCCACUCUUACCAAACCCUUAUAUACAGCGGUAGAAACCAAAUGGCAUUACUAGUGCACUUAGACUAGGUUACUGCUUUAACCGUUCUCAUUUUGUCCAAUACUAGCUAAGGUUUCUUUGAGAAUGUCUUUUUAAUGGUGCCGGCUAACACACUUCAAUGUCACUUGGGGUUUAGAGGCUUUUUUGUUAGGAUGUUUCCAUAGAUUUCUAUUGACAAAUGAUUAGUUCUGUGACGGCUGCGUGGCACUGCUUUUUAGCGUUGUUUCCUCACUGAAAGUUGGAUAAUUCUAGGUGCAGCAGUGCUUAUUUUUUUCAUAAUAAAGAUGUAAGAGUGUGUUUUUAAUAUUUCUCUUUACUAAACUGUAGGAUUUGUUCAGUAGCUAGCCAUGGCUGCCCUCCCACAGGGGCUGGCAUGUGUUGUUCUUUUUUCUUUGGUUGGGUUUUUAUCAUGCCUCUUAAGUUGUAUUAUUUGUGUCCGUAUUGCUUUUUUAAUUAUUAUUUGUUAUGAACUUCAUGAUUAAUUUACCUUAGAAGAAAUUAUUAUUCCAAGUGUAUUUGGUUGAUAUCUGUAUUUAUUAUCACUUCAAAAAGGAUUAGAGGACAGAGGCAGACAGCAGCGUUUGUUUAAUUCGAUUUUUUUUUUUUCUGGGUUGUUUUUUUGUUUUUAUACCGUGUAGUUUUCAUGCCAGCAAGCCGGUGUGAAAGCUCUACCUCGUCUGAGCCAUUCUCAGUUCUGUUACACUUUUGUACAUCAUUUCAAAAAGAUGUAAUGUCAUGUCCACAAUAAAAGACACACAAAAUGGCA